AUGGCUCAUGCUGGCUACAACCAGACACAAGGCACCUGGGUCGAAGGCGCCACGGUCCUCUACCGGGGCGUCGCAGCCAUACUUUGCAGAAGCAGCACUGUCCAUGUGGCGCUGGAAGGUGCCCAAGAGCCAAUCAGCUUGAGUCUGGGACACGGUGGCGGUGCUCUGCUGGUGCGGGGGCAGGUAUUUCAGCGGGACGAGAUCCAGGCCGUUGCCUGGGGUGCUGUAGCCCGUGAGCUUGCGGAGCUCGAGGGACUGCGGGAGAUUCGAAGGUACUUUUCGACUCUUCGCGGCUCUUUCUGGGCGGCGUACGUACGGGAGGAGCAGGGGUCGAAAUGUGUCUAUACCGCCACGGAUCUCUCGGGCAUCAUGCCCAUGUGGCUUGGCCGGAGUGAGGACGGCUGCGAGCUCCUGGCCUCUGCGCUGUGGCCACGCAGACUUUUCCCUGCCGCCGCCAUCCCAAAUCUCCGACAGGCUUGCCCACGCAUGGUUUACCGCCUCGCCGCCACGGGCUUGUCUUCCUCGGCGCCCGAUCCUUUCCACGGGCUCCAUGCGCCGACCGCUUCUGGCACCUCUGACAGCUCGGCGCUCGAAGCGCUCGUGGUCCAAGCAGCGCAGCGCUGUGUGGCUGGGGAGGCCCACGUGGGACUUCUCUUCAGUGGCGGUUUGGACUCGGGGCUCUUGGGCUGGCUUUUCUCCAGUGGGCUGCUUGCACCGUGCCAGUGUACCUGCUACACCGUCGGGUUCCAUCUGGAGGAUAAGAAGAUCAAGAACAAGUACGCCUACCCAGAAGACUUGCUGGUGGCGGAAGCAGCUGCCAGAGAGAUGAACUUGGAAUGGAAGCAUCACGUCAUGGACCUCGCUGAGGCGCGGCAGCUCUUGUUGGAUUCUGCACCUCUGGUGGCGGAUUGGAACUCAGUGAAAGCCUCCGUUGGGAUGACCAUGCUGGCUGCCUGUCGCCUCGCAUCGCAGGACGGGCUGCACGUGGUGCUCAGCGGCCUCGGUUCAGAGGAGGCCUUCGCAGGCUACCAGCGCCACGCCAGGGCCUGCGUAGCCGGGGACGAGGCAACCUCCCGAGAUCGCACCUUGGGCUUGGCGCAGAUGUGGCAUCGCGAUCUGCAGCGCGACUUCAUCCUGGCGUCCUUGGCGGGCGUGGAGAUGCGUUACCCAUUUUUGGACUCGGAUCUUCUGGAUGUUGCCCUGCACCUGCCGGCUGCAGAGCCUCCGCCGGCGGGCCUUAGCUGCCGGGACGCCGCCCAGAGAGACGGCUGCGCCCAGAGUGAGCUUGUGGUGGAUGGUGGGAAGGGGGCUCUUCGGGCCGUGGCCCGGUCCUUAGGCGCUCCGAGGGUCAUCACCGACCGGCGGAAGCGCGCCGCGCAGUACGGAUCCCGGGUCUACAAUGCCCUGAAGAUCUUGGCAAACGAUGCGGCCAAGCAGCGGGAGCAGGUGGCGGGAACAGGCAAUCCGUUUCAUCAGGCAGACUUCGUGAUGUCCGUGCCCGGCGCGUCCCACGCUCCGGUAGCUCUGCUUCUGACCAGCGGGUACCACAGCAUUCAGGUCUACUGCCUUUUGACGAGUUGGCGCUGUGAGAUUUCUUGUGUGGUGGGCUCUGUGGAUGAUGGGGGCCGGGCCGCAUCCUUUGCCAGAUCCGUGGACCUGCCGCUUCUGGAGAUGAAAGUGUCCAUGUCCGGGCGUGGCUAUGACAUGGAGUCCCUCACAGAUGCGCUACAAGCAGCGAAGGAGCUAUACGGCAUAGAAGGGGCUGCUUGCGGCCACGUUUGCGACCUGGAUCUUUGGGGUGGUGUGGCUGCGGCCUGCGAUGUAGCGGGCCUGCGUGCCUAUGCCCCCGAGUGGGGAAUGGAAGAGCUCGCAAAUGCCCGAUUGAAGAUUCCGCCACUUUUGCCAGGGCCGACUCCGCAGUAUUUGAUCCGUCGGGCGACUUCCAAAGUCCACCGAGAGCUGGUAGAAGUCGCCAGGAAUGCUGACGAUGCGGGCCUCUUAGGCAACCAGGGUCCUGAGGGCUUCCGGAAGUUGCUGUCCGGGAAGUAUGGGUCCGUGGCCGCAGCUUGGCGAAUCGCCCUGGACCCCGAUGGCAACGGCAAGAUCUCCUUCGGUGAGAUGAACCAUCGCUGCCGACAAAUCGGCUUCACAGGCAACUUGCGAAAGCUCUGGGGUGAGCUUGAGCCGGUAGAGGGCUUCGUCUCCUUAAAGGAGAUCGACCCGAAGGCCAACCAAGACCUGGAAGACUUCAGGAGCCUCUGUAUGGACAAGUACGGAAACAUGCUGAACGCCUGGAGGGAAGGGUUCAACCCAGAGAACUUGCCUGGGGUGGCCGAGAAGGUUUUCAUCUCGCGCUGCCAGGAGCUUGGCUUCGCAGGCGACUGCAGGCGGCUCUUCAAGUUGCUGCGAACGGACUGGAGCCGUCGUGAGCUGAAGUUAGAAGACUUCGAUCCCCAGACCGGCGCGGCCGUGUACCGGGCCGAUCCCUGCGCCGAAAGCAUCAGCUACGGUGGUGGACGCAAGGCGACCGCCCCGCCAAAGCCGAAGGCGCCCUUGUCGCCACUGAUUCUUUCGCGCUGCCACACCUCCACAGGGGGCCUGAAGCGUUCGAAGACGCGCCACAAGACCACGGGCGGCAGUGUUCCUGGGAGCCCGAUGAACCAAACUCUCAGCGCCGCGGCGCUGCUGAGCCCUACGAGGAUGAGGUCUAAGGCGAACACCGCCGAGGGGGAGAAUUGGGAGACUUUAUCUGGAACCUCGCCUGCGGCCUCGCCAAAGUCUACGUACGGUCAGUACCUGGACUUGGAUUCGACGGUGUUGACCAUCGCGAUGGCCGAUGAUGACCUGACGACGACCGAUCUGAGCGACAGUGGCGAGAAGCCCGAGAAGUGGGAUGCCUCGCCAACGCGAAACUCCAACUACAUCCGCAACUGCUCCAAGAUCCAGGUCCUCGACCGGGUGCUUCGGGAGGACGAGAAGUUAAAUGCGGACGUGGGCAUGAAGAACAAGGAGGAGCUAGUGAACCAGCUCGGCUUGAAGUACGGAUCUCUCCGCAAAGCUUGGCAGGAGGUCUUCGAUCCCUAUGACACAGGGAAGAUUGGCUUCCAGGAGUUCUGCGACCGAAUGCGGGCCAUUGGAUUCCUCGGGGAUAUGAAGGAUUGCUGGCGUGCCUUGGGCGCCGAACGUGAUGGCGUGCUACGCCUGCGCCAUCUCGACAGGAAGACGGACGAGCUGAUGCUUGGCUUCAAGCUCACCUUGGCUGAUAAGUACGGAAAUAUGCUGAACGCCUGGAAGGCCUUCGACCCAAAAGGCUUGACUCUCGUGGACGAGGCGACGUUUGUGAAGCAGUGCCAAGCCGAUGGCGUUGAGGGAGACCUUGUGCAGCUGUUCCAUGAGCUCAUGGACGAUCCCCUGCGGAAGAGAGAGUUUCACAAGAUGUCUCUGCGGGAGUUCGAUCUCGGGGCAUACCAGGCCAUCACACGGAACGAUCAGGACAUGAUCGUGGAGGCGCAGAAGACGGAGAAGCGAGAUCCUCUUGAGAUGACGUUCGACGAACGUCAGGAGAACAUGUUCUCGGUGAAAUGGACCCGGGCUCAGAGCAAGGUCAGCAGAGCCGAGAUGGCCAGCAGGGUGCAGCAGGAGAACGAGGCCGAUGUUGGCUGCGAGACCCUGAAGACUCUCAAGGCGAUGUUGACGAAGAAGUACAAGAACCUGGCCAUCGCUUGGCGUGUGGCGCUGGAUCCCAUGGGUCAGGGCCACCUUUCCAAGGAGGAUUGGUUCAACGCUGUGCGAAAUCGCAUCGGCUUCCAUGGCGACCUCCGCCAGCUCUGGAAGGAGGUGGCCAAGCCGAACGCGGGCCACGUCUCCUUGACGGACCUGGAUCCUCACGCCGUGCAGGCUCUCUGGGACUUCCGAGCUUUGCUUUUAGAAAACUUCGGCGACAUCAUGACUGCUUGGAAUCAUGGGCUCGAUCCAAAGAAGCGCGGGAAGCUAGAGGAAGAGGACUUCUGCAACCGGGUGACCGAGAUGGGCUAUCCCGGCGACGUGAAGAAGCUCUGGCAGCUCCUGCUGGCUGAGCCGCACCGCAAAUACAUCGUCCUCCGCGACAUUGAUCCCGCUGCUGCUGCGGCAUAUUUCCGUGGCGACGACAAAGCCCUCACCCUCUAUGGUACACAAAGUGGACCGCAGGCCUCUCCCAGCAAGUGGGCAGGAAAGAUUUCUGUCAUCAACACGGAGGAGGGCGAGGAGGCUGAGGUGUCACCAGCUGCGACGGACUCGCCCUCCACACCGCCUUCGCCGUCCAAAGGGGCGACCCUUGCUUUGCCGGGGACGCCCUCGAAGAGGCGUCCAGCAUCGCACGCGUCCUCGCGAGCGGCAUCGAAUGCUUCGGUGGCUCGCUCUCAGUCUGGCCUAGGCGACGAGGAGACGCCUGUGUAUCGACCUACAAGGAUUGCCAUCUGGUCGGAAGAGCUCGGAGCGCGCAAGAGGGCGGCGGUCGAGUCCACGGACACCGCCGCAGCUGCGGCUGCACAGCCGUCCGAGACGGUGGAUUCGGAGGGCUUCACAGUGGUCUCAGAUCCCGCCAAAAAGGAGGACCAGGAGGAGCAGCAGCAGCCUGGCUCGGGAUCGACUUCGUUGGCAAGGGCCAGUGACGAUGCCACUUCGUCGGAUGUCGGCGAGAACAUCCCACAAGUCCUUCAGUCCAUGAUCAAACCGGCGAUGCUGCGCUACAAGGCUACGGAUCUCCAGUCCCACUAUAUGCACAUUGGCUUAAACGACUGGGAGUUCAAGUUAGUUAUGCCCAAGUUGCAGAGCAUCGCGACGUCCAUGCCGCCGCAGAAUGCAACGCCGCAGGUGUACUCUGUUGUGGCGUGCUGCAUCCGGGAGCUUCUGGAUCAGUUUCUCUAUGCGCCUGACGAAAAGGUGGACCAGGAUCCCCAGUGGGCAGGAUGGUCACUGCCGAUCAUGACGGAUGGCUUGCUCUUGUCGGUGUCAUCGUACGCCCAGGAUGUCUUGGCCUUUGCCUCCAUGUUCUUGAACAAAUGCGGGUUCCUGUCAGCGGUACCAAGAUCUGCUCCGAUAGGCAUUGCUGCGCAGACCUUCGCAUCCGUGGAGGAGAGGAACGAGAUGAUGCUCCAAAACAGUUUCCUCCGCGAGCGCUUCACCGAGGAGUAUGAAAACAAGCUGUACAAGUGCGGCGUGCGGCUUGCUGUCUUCAACCAAGCCCUGCGGCGGUCGGAGGUGAUGACCAACACUGCCCGGAUGGAUGCCGGGUUUGGGCACUUCAUUACGCCACUCCCUGCCGACGGCCUUGAGAUGGCGGCGCUGUACGGAUCCAAGUCUUUGUGGGCGACCGAUCAAGGCUAUUUCUACUCCAUCGGCCUGAUCCCAGCGACGGUUUGCGCUUCGAAGAAGUUCGUCACUGAGACGAAGAUGCCGUUCUGUGAGGUGAUCAAGGGCGAUCUGGACGAGACCAUGGAGGACUUCCGCUUCUCGAAGAAGAGGGAGGUGACCUUCGCCUACCUGGGCGAUGGGGACGACUUCGGGCUCUUCUUGGAUGGCUACACUCUGGCGCCUGGGCGAUUUUAA